AUGAAUUCCAUAACUUUUAAAUGGGAAAAUAGUUCUGAAACAUCAACUAUUCCAAUCUAAGGAGUUAAAAUAUAAGUAAGAGAUCUUAGAAUCAAAAUUGAAUCUAUUUUCAAUUCUAAAAAAGAUGAUAUCUAAAUGCUUUAUGAAAAAUAGAUUUUGAAUAUAAGUGAUGAAAUUAGAAACAAACAAAUGAUUGUAUUACUUAGAAUUCCAAAAAGUAAAAAUAUUUGUCUUUCUUGUUUUGCUUAAGAUUUUGAAAUUUUAACUCCUUGUUGUUAAAAAUCUAUCUGUUCCAAUUGUGAAAAUGUUUUUUAUCAGAAAUCUAAAUGUUUCUUUAAUAUCAAUUCACAAUGUCAUUAUAAAUACACAGAAACAUUUCAAACUUUUGUACCAGAGCCAUCUUGUAAUGAAUUUAUUACAUUCAAUUCUGUCUUCUAUCUUAUGAGAUCAAACAAAAUCAAUCUAGCACAUGCUAAAAGAUUCUCAGUUUGGACAGUUAAAGAAAUUACAUAUUUGAAAUUAGCAUAAGAUUGUAAUAUUCCUGCAAAUGUUAUAUUGAUUUUUAUUAAUAAUGAUGAAUUUGUUGGUUGUGCUAAAAUGAUCAAUCAACUUGUUGUUUAUGAUUAAUAAUUCCCUAAACUUAAGACUUUUAAAAUAUAAUGGUUAAGACGAUAACCAUCAAUCAAAACUAUUUAUGAUUUUCCUCCACUUGAAUUAUAUGAUGGCUUUAAAAUUAAAAAUGGAAUUGCUAAAGCUAUAUGUUAAUCCUUCCCUAUUGGAUAAAUACCUGUUGAAAUCAAAUAAUAAUCUACUACAACUGAAGAUUGGGAUGUUGAUGAAAUCUUUAGAGAUUAAGAAGAAACUAUUAAAAAAGAUGAACAAAUUCUCACUAAUCCAAUUAAAACUUCAGAUUUCUCUUAAGAUCAAUAAGACAUUCAAUCCAAACAAUUAAAUAAUCAGAAUGAAAAUAAUACUAAUACAAAUAAUGAAAAUUUUCAAAAUAUUGUUUAAAUUAUUCAGACAACUUAAGAAUUAUUUGAUAAAAUUAACAAUGGAUAAAUACCAGGAAUUAAAGGUGAAAAUAAAUAUACUCAUCCUAUUGUAAAAUAAUUAUGUUUUAAUCUUAUUUCAAACUCUUUACUAAACAAUAAUACUAAAAACUAAUUUAAAAAAAGAAAAUAUUCAAGAAGUAGCUCUUCUAAUUCAAGUAGUUCUAGUAGUUCAAGAAGUUCUAGUAGUUCUAGUAGAGAUUCCUUUGUAUCAAAAUCAAAAAAAUCAAAAAAAUUUAACAAUCGAUCAAGAAAAUCAAAAAAAAUAUCAGAAUCAAAAAAAGAUAAAAAAUAAUAGAAAUGGACAAACCACAAACAUUAAUCUAAAUUUUAUGAAGAUAAAAUUAACAAAUAAAAAUAAAUUAAAUCUUCUUAAGAAGAAAAGGAAAAGUAUAGAACAAAAUCCAAGCAAAAUACCAAAUGA